CUAAUUGUUUGACAACACCUGAAGGCCUCCAAGGUAUUUGGAAGUGGGCAGCUUCGACAUCAGCAGUAACCAGAAAUGUCGCUCGAAGUCGAGGAGAUACCUGCCCCGCUCAAACGCCAUGACUCGCUGUUUGGCGAUGCAGAGAAGGUCUCCCACUCGAAGCAUCAUGGCUCCCAGGUGAGCUGGACGCGAACGCUGAGCCUUGCUUUCCAGAGCAUCGGUAUCAUCUAUGGUGAUAUCGGGACAUCACCACUUUACGUCUACUCUAGUACCUUCCCUAACGGAAUCAAGAACAACGACGAUCUCCUAGGCGUCCUGUCGCUCAUCCUCUACACCCUCAUCAUCAUACCGAUGCUCAAGUACGUCUUCAUCGUGCUGUAUGCAAACGACAACGGAGAUGGUGGCACUUUUGCGCUUUACUCGCUGAUAUCACGGUACGCAAAGAUAAGAAUGAUCCCGGACCAGCAGGCUGAGGAUGCUGCGGUGUCCAAUUACCACAUUGAAGCACCAAAUUCGCAGCUGAGGAGGGCGCAGUGGGUGAAGCAGAAGCUUGAGUCCAGCAAGGCGGCCAAGAUUGUGCUCUUCACCCUCACCAUCCUUGGCACGUCCAUGGUGAUAGGAGAUGGAACCUUGACACCAGCAAUUUCUGUGCUCUCUGCAGUGAGUGGGAUCAAGGAAAAGGCGCCAGGCUUGACUCAAACACAAGUGGUCCUCAUAUCGGUGGCAAUUCUGUUCAUGCUCUUCUCGGUCCAACGUUUCGGGACAGACAAGGUUGGGUACACCUUUGCUCCAGUCAUCUCGGUGUGGUUUCUUCUGAUUGCCGGUAUCGGGAUGUACAACCUCGUCAUCCACGAUAUCGGUGUUCUACGGGCCUUUAAUCCGAUGUAUAUAGUACAAUACUUCACAAGGAACGGGAAGGCUGGAUGGGUUUCACUUGGUGGAGUUGUCUUGUGUGUCACAGGCACAGAAGGUAUGUUUGCUGACCUAGGACAUUUCAACGUCAGGGCUGUUCAGCUCAGCUUCAAUUGUAUCUUGUUCCCGUCCGUGGGGCUGUGUUACAUUGGGCAGGCCGCUUACCUGAGGAAAUUCCCAAAUGAUGUUGCAGACACCUUCUAUAAAUCUAUCCCAGCACCAAUGUUUUGGCCAACCUUCAUCAUUGCCAUUCUCGCUGCCAUCAUAGCAAGCCAGGCUAUGCUCUCUGGUGCAUUUGCCAUCCUCUCCAAGGCCCUAUCUCUCGGUUGCAUGCCCAGGGUUCGAGUGAUCCACACCUCACACAAAUAUGAGGGGCAGGUGUACAUUCCUGAGGUGAACUUCAUGAUGGGAUUGGCAAGCAUCCUAGUCACGAUCGCCUUCAAAACGACCACUAACAUCGGCAAUGCUUACGGGAUCUGUGUCGUGACCACAUUCUCGAUCACCACCCAUUUGAUGACUGUCGUGAUGCUCCUCAUAUGGAAGAAGCACGUGAUCUUCAUCAUGCUGUUCUACGUUGUGUUUGGCUCCAUAGAGUUGAUCUACCUCUCUUCCAUACUGUCGAAGUUCAUUGAAGGUGGAUACCUCCCGUUCUGUUUUGCGCUGGUCGUGAUGAGCCUGAUGGCAACAUGGCACUAUGUCCAGGUCAAGAGGUACUGGUACGAGCUUGACCACAUUGUGCCUAUUAGUGAAAUGACAGCACUGCUCGAGAAGAGCGACGUGCGGCGGAUUCCUGGGGUGGGCCUUCUAUACACGGAGCUGGUUCAGGGUAUUCCCCCAGUGUUCCCUCGGCUGAUCAAGAAGAUACCAUCCGUGCACUCCAUCUUCAUCUUCAUGUCAAUCAAGCACCUGCCAAUCUCGCAUGUGAUUCCUGCAGAGAGGUUCAUCUUCCGGCAGGUCGGCCCGAAGGAGCAUCGGAUGUUCCGGUGUGUGGCGCGGUAUGGGUACAGCGACACACUGGAGGAGCCCAAGGAGUUUGCAGUAUUUCUUGUGGAUAGGCUCAAGAUGUUCAUCCAGGAGGAGAGCGCAUUCGCGCAGAUCGAACCAGAGAACGAUGAUAGCAGUGAAGUUCCAGAAACCCUGGCAAGGCCAAGGCGGUCCACGCAAACUGCAGUGCACAGCGAGGAGGCGAUUGAAACACGGGUGAGCAGCCACUCAGGGAGGAUCAGUUUCCAUGUGAACCAGACAGUUGAGGAGGAGAAGCAGCUGAUUGACAGAGAGGUGGAGCGGGGGAUGGUGUACCUGAUGGGGGAGGCAAAUGUUACAGCUAAAGCCAAGUCCUCGGUCUUGAAGAAGAUAGCGGUGAACUAUGUUUAUACGUUCUUGAGGAAGAACUUGACGGAGGGGCACAAGGCACUAGCCAUUCCGAAAGAUCAGCUGCUCAAAGUUGGGAUCACAUAUGAAAUAUAAUGAUUAUGCCCAAGUAUGAUGUGAGCCUAACCAUGUGAUUCUGGGUGCAUGAUGUUGAUUACAGAUGCAAGUGGGUCAACAUUUUGUUGUAGUAAAGAGGGUAGAGGGUACCCUAAUACCAACCCAUUUGCAUCUAUAAUGUUGAUUUUGAAGGGCAAAGUGCCACUGUUGAUUCAAGAAAGAGGCAUGCAGGUGUGGGAGGGAUUUUCUUUUGGUUGGAAGGUUUUCGUUUUCUCUGUACAGUGUAUCGUAAUCCGAAUGAGUCCAAUGUAAGGGUGAUAUUGCUUGAGACUAAAGUUUGACUGGUAGUGUGCUCACGCCUCCCAGGCAUACGCAAAUUUCAUGAAUCAUGACAUUUCCCAUUAUCAAAGGGGGAAUAAAAGAUACUCCGUACUGGGUUACCUUGCUUA